UUUACACCUCAAAACAACGUUAAAGAAGCGGUUUAAUUUUUUUCAAUAAAAAAAAUCUUUUUUUUUUUUUUUUGUAAUUUAAAUUUUUGUAAUAUUUUAAUAUUUUUUGCUUUUUCGUUCACAUAUUUUAUUUUUAAUAUAAAUAGUAGGAGAAGAGAAGACGAAAACGCGAUACUGGAAAAAAAAAUUUUAAGUAUAUACAACUUGCAAAUACAACUAUAUAAAUAGCUUUUGAAUGUAAAAAGAAAAAGAAAAAUUUUCCAUUUUGCAAAAUUUGCUUUUUUUGAAAAUUAAACAAAUACUUAGAGAAAAAAAAAUUUUCAUUUUUUAAAGCAGUAAAAUUUUAAUAGUUUUAAUUUUAAGAAAAAAAAAUAUUAUUUAGUUGCAAAAUACCAUUAUACUUUAGAGAAAAAAAAAAUAGAAGAAAAGAAAAUUAAUUAUUAAUAAUUAAAAAAUAAAAGAAAAUUAAAUUUCAACCUAUAAAAAUUAACUGAGUAAUUGGAUCAUUUAACGAAGAAAAUUUUGUUAUUUUUUUGAAAAUAAAUUGGAAUACAUUUAAAAUUGAUUUAAAUAAUGAAAAAGAUCAUUAGACGAUGGCUUUUGAUUUUUACAGUACUUAUAGCUCUAAUGACACAUGCUGGCGCUAUAAGAGCUUCAUCUUUAAUAUUUGGUAAAUCCUCUACUACAACUACAACAACAACAACAGAGACUCCGUCAGCUGAAGAUGAUGAUGAUGCAGCACAGACAACUGAAAGUGCAGAAACAGUUACAAACACGACACAUAAACUAACUGGAAUACCGCAAAUUGAUUAUAUUUGGGAUCCUAAUUUACCCCGAGAAUUAAAUGGAUAUAAUUUAUCUGAUUAUCCAUUUUAUGCUUCACUACCACCACGUGAAGAAAUGGAUUUCACUUGUGAUGGACAACAUGAUGGAUUUUAUGCUUCUGUGAAACAUAAAUGCCAAGUCUACCAUCAUUGUGUCUUUGGUAUACGAAAUGAUUUUCUGUGCGCUAAUUUCACUGCUUUCGAUCAAAAAACUUUCAUUUGUCAUUUCGUAUCAGAAGUUGAUUGUAAAAAUUCACCAAAAUACUUCCAUCGAAAUGAUGCAUUAUAUAUGGCAACAACAUCAUCUACAUCAACUACCACAACUACAACUACUCCGGCACCUGUCACACAAGCGCCAGCGCCAGUUGUACCUGCAAGGCCUCUGAGACGGAGGAGGCCAUUAAGGAGGCGUAGACCGCAAGUAGAUUACUACUAUGAUGAUGAUUAUGAAGAUGAUUACUAUGAAGAGCGACCAAGAAGAAGAAAACAAAGACCAAGAACAAGACGACCAGAUUAUGGGGAAGAUUAUGAUGAAAGACGUGCUUAUGAUGAUGACCGAUAUGAUAGACGCUCGUCAAAUCGCGAUAGAUUACGUGAUGACAUAGACGACUACGAUGAUUACGAUAGAAGAAUGCCUGAGCGUCCGAGGAAUCGACAUAGACCUUUAACAAUGACAAGAUUUGAUGAAGAUGAACGACCAUUAGAACGGAAAAAGCCUGGUGAUCGAAGGAGACCUUUAAAUGAAGGACGUCGAUCACAUACUGAUAGGAGGUAUAAUCAAGACGAUAGAAGGAGUGUUAGUGAUACUAAGCCAAGUGUUGGUAGUGAUGAAAUUGAUUUAGACCGUAGGACGUUAGGAAAUGGGCGAAGAAAAUUAAGUGGUAGACCAUUUGGAAAUACUGGAAGAGCACAUGAACGUCGCGGAGAUGAAGAUUACGAUGAUAUAUCAGAUGAAAAGCGAGAUUUCGUAGACAAAAAAGCAAGAGAAAAAGAAGAUAAAUUGCUAGUCAAACCUUCUGGACCAUCAUCAAGCAGUCUGAGCUCAUUGUUUGAUAAACCAAGAGCACCACCAAAAAUCUCAAGACCGGUUCCUUUAAAUGAGAAAAAGAAAUAUGACUAUUCAAGCCAAAAAUCUAUAUUUUCAACAUCAACUAGUCGACCUCGACCAGCUAAUGUAGAGUAUUAUGAUGAUUAUGAUGAUACCCCUCAAAAAGAAACAGUUAGAGAACCUGAUCCACCUGAACCAAGUCCAUUUCGGCCACCUUCACCACCAAAACGUCUAUUUGCUCCACAUAAAGAACCACUAAUAAAACCAAAACCUAAAAGUACAACCACAACUACAACAACCACCACAACUCGCGCACCAACAACAACUACUAGCUCUACUUUUUCUACUACAAGUACAACCACCACAACUACUACAACGGAAGCGCCAAUACUUUACGAUGAUGAGUAUGAUGAUGCUCCUAUUGAACAAAAACCACAAGAAUUUACAUCAAGAGAGGAAUAUAAAACAUCUAAAGAGGAAUCUGAAGAUAAAACUGAUAAUAAAGAAGAAGUUUCACCUCCAGAAGCUCCUUUACAAGUAUCUGCUCCAUCUGGUCCAUCAGGACCAAGUGAAGAAGAAUACGAUGAUACGUCUUCUCAAAAUUCAAAUGAAAGUCAGAAAGAAUCUGCUGAUAUAACAUCAUUGGAAAAAGAAAGUGAUUCAAAAUCGGGAGAAUUAAGAGCAAAAUUUAGUGUUAGAGAUCCAUUCAAAUUUACCUUAAAUGCAAAAUAUAAAUCAGAUGGGAAUCGUGAACCUAUUCAAUCAAAAUAUGAAUUAGCAAAACUGCAACAGCAAGAGGAAGGUGAACCACAAAUUAGAGAAGACAUAAAGUUUUCGGGAAGAAAUGAUAAUUCUGAUAAUUUAUCAAAUUUCAAAGAAGUAAGACCAAUAAUAAGAAUUGUUAAAAGACCAUUUUUACCAUCACGAGGUGGAAGUCCAUACUUACCGCGUGGAUUACAAGCUACAGGCGGUGUUCAAUCAAAAUCAUCAAUAACGGAAAGUACUCCAGUUGAUAUGGGAUCUACUGUAUCUGGUGUUAGAAUUUUAGAACAUACAGCACCUAUUUUACGUGGCAAUGGUGUAACAAGUUAUGAUGAUAUUACUGGAUAUCAUAUGGGGCCUAGAACAACUCAACAACCACAAAUCGAUAAUCCACCGAGAGCAACACUCGAUGAACUUUAUGAAAAUGAAUACGAUGUAACAUUAAAUGAUGCAUUAAAUCCAACAUUAAAACCACUAACAUCGCGCGGUGGUUAUUCAUCAUAUUUAAGUAAAUAUGAAAAAAAUCGUUUCUCAUCAAAUUACCCACAUAGUAGUGAUUCUUAUUAUUCAUCCUCAGAUUUACGUAGAAGUGCAAUACACCCACAUAGUAGGCAACAAUAUCAGCAAGAACUGAUACGUCAUCAGUCGAGUGUUAGAUUACCGAAUCGAAAUAGUCCUCGAGGAUCAUAUGUUUAUAUGCCAGACUAUGAAUAUUAGUAGUUAUAUUAUUCUCUUUUUUUAUUAUUUCUAAAAAACGCAACAAAAAAAAAAUUCUUUUAUGAUCACACAACUUUUUGUGAAAAUUCCUAUUAAAAAAUUUCUAUUAAAAAAUUCAAAAUAUUAUAGAUUUGUUUAAGAAUUAAAAAAAUUAUAGUGAAGCUCUUUGAAUUGUUAAUUUUCCUCUAUUGUUUAUUUUUUGUAAUUGUGAAGUCUUUAUAAAGAAGUUUUUAGAUCUGCACAUUGCUAGCAGAAAACUAUUUUUUUUUAAAUAUUUAGUCAGAACGAGUAAAAUAAAUUUUUAAUAAGUAAUUGUAAAAAAUACUCAAUUAAUAAUGAAAAUAUUCAAUGUGUGUAUAUUUGUAUCGUGAUAGCAAGGAUAUUUUAAUUUUUUAAUUAGUUUUUUUAAUUCUUGCAUCUAUAAUCAACUUGCAUUUUUAGAUUCUAUUCUCUUGUAAAUUAUUAAUUUCAUCUUAAAAUGGAUCUUUUUUUUUUAAUGUAAUUUCAGAAAUUAAUUUUAGAAAUGUAUAGAUUUUUGUAAAAUUAAAUAUACAAAGAAAAUUGAAAAAAAAACAUACAUAAAUAUAUUAUAUAUAUUAUAUAUAUGAUAUAAAUGAAAAAAACUUUUGAUAUCUAUUUAGAAAU